AAAUGUCUACAUGCCCAUAAACAGGAUGAUGAUCAGGUAGAACUAGGAAUGCCCCAAAAUCUAGCAGUCACCACCUCGGUCAGAUCGCAGAGCAGUUUUGUAUUCACACUCUCCUUGGUCAUGACCUCGUUCAAAGGACCACCGUCGUUUCGGAUGUUUAUCCAUUUCCUCCUCCUCCUCCUUCUGCACACCACGUCAACGCAUGGAAGUACCGAGUUCUGGCACUACGAUGUUCCCUUCUUCAUCCCCCCAGAUCCCUCCCGUCCCUGUCGACAUGCAUUUCGUGACGACCCGGAGACGAGUGCUCUACUUGCGGACUUUGUUGUUAUCGGUCAUCCGACGCCCACCUAUCGACACACUCCUGGCGUUCUUUACAAUGCUAGUGUUCUCGUAGAACAGGUGCUAAAGCGCCCCCGUCUCUCCAUCUACCCCGUAAGGGAGGGCUUUCCCAUUCUCACGGGACCUUUCUCGCAGUGGACAGACUUAGGCCGCUGCUGGAUUAACGUCCACUCAGCGCGGAAGUACAUAUUUUUCAUUGAUCGACCUAAUUGGGCGGGAUUUUUCCGUAUCUCUCAUCUACCCCUCUUCUACACCACUCAAAAAUGGCAAAAGAUCCAGACCAUCUUGAAGCACCCACCGUCCCCACUACAGAUGCGUUCACUGCACCAUCAGGAGAGUUUGAAAGUGCAACAAGGCCAGGAGGUAGUGCUUUCCUGCGUAGUGAUGGGUCGACCCGCCCCUCUCAUCUCCUGGUAUGUCAACAACACCCAACAACUCGGUCUAUGGAACGUGGCUACUGGUCGUGGUGUCAUUCAUAAAAACAAACGGAAAUCGCGCCUGCAAAUCUCCAACACCCAGCCCAUAGACUCGGGGAAUUACUCCUGCCUGGCGGAAAAUGUUAAUGGAUAUAUCAAAAAGACAGUGGAGAUAUAUGGUAAGGUGGUGGCGGUGUUGUUCCGCGACCACAAACAACUCCACAACCCUGGACAACAUUGCCGCCUCUCACAGGUAGGCCCUGUAGCUCCGCACUGCUUUUAUCCCCCCCGGCCCGACCUCCCCCUCCUCCUCCCUCCCCUACAAACCUGGGAUUUACUUCUCUUCCUUUCUUUUCCCCUUAACUUUCGUAGUUCAUCCGUGCUAUCGCUACUGCCUUCAUGGAUACUGCAAUCUCAUCGACGGCAGACCUUCGUGCAGGUAAGAACCGACACAAUCUGUCGAUGCAGACGUGGAUAUGUGGGUCGACGUUGUGAGUUGGCAUCACAGCAGUUCGCAUGCUUGCACAUGCUGCACCCUUCCAAGCGCUUCCAAAGUCCAGUCGCCUUGUGGAUGCCUAACGUACUACUUUCUUCUUCCCUAGCUGUAUCUCCCAAUACUAUGGAACAAGAUGUGAAUUUGUCGAGAAGGUACCAGAGGAAACAAAAGCCAUUCAACCUGAAUGCACUACCAGCUUUAGAACCAAUUCCAUUAAAUUGCUAUGCUCCUUCGGAUCGAAGUCCCGAGAGCCUCUCUCGUGUUUGCACACCUCUUGGUCACCCUAAUUGCUACAUUAACACACCCGCGACGUUUCCAUGGCGAGAGGAUAUCCACUGCGCUAACAUUGCAACCAUUGUCUCCACUCCCACCACUGUUGAAAGCCGCCGUCUUCUGACUUCUGCUUUGCCUUUCUGCACCGGUGCCAUAGGGGAAAAUAGACAUCUACCUCAGUUGACCUCUUGA